AAAUUACUAACCCCUCAAAAUACAAAAAAAAAAAAAAACAUCGAGAUUUCGACCGUCCGGACCCCUGACGGAUAGUUUGAACUGAAAGACCUUGUUCUUUACAAUUAGCUUUAGCUGUAGUGUGUGUGUGCGCAAAACGCGAUCGGCGUGCCCGUCGAACGCUAGCUUCGUGGCUAAAGUCCCGCAUUUCAAACAAAGGAAUGCCUUUUCACAUUUUCACCCAGCUAGCAGCGCAUGUUGGCAAGCUAACCGCAGUAUAUCAGCAACAGCUCACUUCACCAGUCAUGGGCCAACACCUGUGGGUCGACUAACGACAGCGAGCUAACAGUCAGAUCACGCAUCUUGCAUGGAAGGACUGUAACACAAUCUAGUUAUGGAGCAGUACACCACUGCCACAACCACCAGUGGGGAGCAGAUAGUCGUGCAGACUACCAAUGGACAGAUCCAACAACAGACACAGGGCACAGUGACGGCUGUGCAACUGCAAACAGAGGCGCCAGUGGUGACGGCCUCGGGCCAGCAGGUGCAGACACUCCAGGUAGUCCAGGGCCAGCCUCUGAUGGUCCAGGUGAGCGGCGGGCAGCUCAUCACAUCAUCAGGACAACCUAUAAUGGUACAGGCCAUGUCAGGGGGUCAGGGCCAGACCAUUAUGCAGGUCCCCGUGUCUGCAGCCCAGGGACUUCAGCAGAUCCAGCUGGUGCAGCCAGGCCAAAUCCAGCUACAGGGUGGUCAGACCCUCCAGCUCCAAGGUCAGCAGGGCCAGCCCCAGCAGAUCAUCAUCCAGCAACCCCAGGCAGCCAUCACAGCUGGGCAGAACCAGGGCCAGCAGAUCAGUGUGCAGGGACAACAGGUGGCCCAGACAGCUGACGGACAGACCAUUGUGUACCAGCCUGUUAACGCAGACGGCACCGUGUUGCAACAAGGAAUGAUCACCAUUCCAGCAGCCAGCUUGGCCGGUGCCCAGAUCGUGCAAGCUGGGGGUGCCAGCACCAACACAACCAACAGCGGCCAAGGAACUGUGACCGUCACCCUGCCAGUCUCAGGCAACAUGGUCAAUGCAGGUGGAAUGGUCAUGGUAAGACCCUCCACAGAGAUGGUGCCUGGUGGUGGCACCGUGCCCACUAUGCAGAGGAUCCCCCUUCCAGGGGCAGAGAUGCUGGAGGAAGAGCCUCUGUACGUUAACGCCAAGCAGUACCACCGCAUCCUGAAGCGACGACAAGCCCGCGCCAAGCUAGAAGCCGAGGGCAAGAUCCCCAAAGAGAGGAGGAAAUAUCUACAUGAGUCUCGUCACCGCCACGCCAUGCAACGCAAGCGGGGAGAUGGGGGUCGCUUCUUUUCACCCAAGGAGAAGGACGAAAUGGCUUUGGCCCUGGCUCAGCAACAGCAGGAUGUGGCUCAGGCAGCAGCAGAUGACACGGUGGCGCAGAUGAUCCGUGUCUCAUAGCCCCAUCAGCAACACGGUACCUCCCAUCUGCGGACAGAAAACCCUGCCUGAGACUCAUCACCAUAGGUAACCAAUCCGCAGCACCGACUCACCUCACCUGUUUUCAGCCAUCCACAGCCCCAACCACUGGGUUUCUUCUAUUUUCUGUUGACUCCUCCCUUGGUCUUCUAUAGAGAUGGCCAUGUGGCCACCGAUCCCAUGAGCUUCUCAUUUCUUUUCUGAAAUGGAGGAUUCCUCCCAGUCAGCUGACCUCGCCAGCAACUUAUGAGCAGCUUUUGCUUUUCAGAAUGACACUUAAUUUGACAGCAGUAAAAUAAGAAGAUAUGUGAAACUGGGGCUGUACUUGUGGCAACUUUGGAAAUGGCAGCAUUGAAGCCAUACUCUGUUCAAACCAUGGUAUAUCAAAGGCUGAAUUUUUCACCAGUGGACACUUGUUACUUUACUACGUUUUUUCCCCAAAUCUUUCCCCAAAUCCGUCUUUCCCCAAAUGCAAGGAUAGUUGUAAAUUUUCAUGUGAAAGUUAAAAUCUUGAUACACUAUUAGCCUAGCCUGUAUGUACUAUUUCAUUGUAUAUUGUUUUCCCCACCCUCAGUUCAUAUGUUUUCGUGGGGGGGUGGACAAGUAGGAUUAACUUUAGUCCAUUGCGAAAAUUGAAAAAUACAAUGUCACAAUAUUGUACAGAAUUUCUUUUUACCCGUCAAGGUGUAACAGCUGUACUUGUAAGGCACCCAGUUUUUUCUGUAUCUGAGGAAUUUUAUACAAUCUUUUUUCAAUAUUAGACUCAUGUUUGUAAGCAACUCAUUAAUGUGACUUCAGACUGUAUCCUUGUAGAUACCUACUCGUGGUCUGUAAAUCCACCAUAAUGGUGUUUUUUUUAUUUAAAUACUAGAUAAUAGGUUGUUUUUUUCAUCCAUCUGAUGCAGUUCUUCAAUAUUUUUUUAAAAUUAGAAAAUAAAGUUUGAAAAUUAUUUCAUGAAAAAAUACGUGCUUAUUAAAUUUUGU